AUAUUAACAUUUUCUUUCUAAUGAGUGAGUGUCUUAGUUUUCUGUUGGCAAAAUACCAUGACCAAGGCAACAUAUUGGAGGUGUUAAGUUUUGGGGCUCGUGGUUCCACAAGGACAGAGUCCAUUUUGGAAAGGGGCAUGGCACCAGGGAGGCAGGCAUGGUGCUAGAGUGGUAGCUGGGAGCUUACAUCUUGAGCUGCAGUGUGAGGCAGAGACAGAGAGUGAAGUAGCUGCAAGUAGUGUGGGACUUUUAAAUUUCAAAUCCCAUGCCCAGGGACAUACUUCCACCAACAAGGCCACACUUCCUAGUCCUUCCCAGACAGUUCUACUAACUGGGAACUAAGAAUUCAAACAUUUGAGCUUAUGGGGGCCAUUUUUAUUCAAACACCACCAUGAAUAUUAAUAUGAGCAUAUUUUAUUACAGGCCUUCCUUAAAACAAAAUGAGAAAAUAAUAAAUGAUGAUUGUUCUGAUGGUAUAGUGAAAACUAAGUUAAGAGGUGAGGAAAGGCAAUAUUAUGAAGAAUAUGGAAGGCAGCUAUGGUCACCACUAUACCAUCAAUGCUAUAAUGAAGAAUUUGAAGUCAGUCAACAUGAAAUGUUCCUAGAGAAUCUAAAUAUGAACUUAAAAGCUUUACAUAAUAGUGUGGCACAGUUGCAGGAAGCACUAAAGCUGCAAGAAGAUCCACAGAGAGAAGGUGUCCUGAGUUCUGCAAGAAUGGGACAUCCACUAUGGAAGCUGGAAGUUGAGUGUCUUAAGUUAGAAGACUCAGUAAAGAACCAAGCAGAAGAAAUUGAAGAGAUUGAGAAUCAACUGUUAAGAGAAGAUUUGACUGGAGACAGAAGGAAAGAACAAAAUGAAGUGACCCAGUCAACACAAUCUCUGGAAUGUGCUUUGGAACAGGAGAUGGAGAAAAGUGAAGAAUUAGAAAAGGAACUCCGUGGAUUUAUGGAAGUCUUAAAAAUAACAGGAAAGAAGUUAGUUGAGUGUGAAAAUAGAGAAUUAUAUUUCUAUGAAGAUAUGAAAAACAGAACAUUUGAAAUGCUACAACAUGAGAUAAAUUAUCUUAAAGAUACAUGGGAACCUAUGUAUUGCAGAUAUCUACAUCAAGAUAUAAACAUUCAGUUGACUGAGCAAGAAUUGUUAAAAAUAAAAACAGAACAUGAGACUUACGAACACCUACAUAAGACUCAGGGAGAUGUGGAAAAGGAAGUGCUAACCCUCAAAGGACUGGUUCAAGAGAGUAUGACACAAGAAGAAGAGGAAAAAAAUUUAGAGAAAGUAAGAGAGAACAACAAUGAUUCAAGAAUGAGUCAAAUGAUUCUCAGAGUCAAAAGUUUAGAAUCAAGACUCCCUGAGAUAAAAAGUCAAGUGGAUUCUACCAGAAUAGAAGUGGAAAAACAUAAACAGCUCUAUGUAGAAGAAAAUAAAUGCAGAAAAUCACUUUCUAAUAUACUAGACAAGACAAUGGAAAAGCUAGAGGUGGCUAAAACAAAGCUUAUGCAGUUGAAUCAGCAGAAGAUGACCUUGGAAACUAUUCUGAGUUCUCUGCCUGUUCAACAGUGCCCUCAUAUUGCCAAGUUUAAUCCUGCUGUGGGACACAACCCAAGGUUUCCUCCAGGAGAUGCCUCAUUUCUUCCUGCCUCUGAGUCUCAGCCUGUUUUCGAGAGCAUGAGGAAAGGCCUGUCCAAGAUACACAGAUGCCCAAAAGCACUGUUUUCAGAGAGAAAACCGAACAUUAGAUUUGGUGGAUUACCUCCCCCAAAGAAUUAUAUGUCUCCAAGGGAGAAGAGUGUCGCACUGAUCAGCUGGAUCUCCACUUUAACAUUCUUCAGGUGACUCAGAACUGCCUCCUCAACAUAUUACCCACUGCACACUAUGUAGCUUGGCUCUGGGGCUCUCAAGUCUGGCUUCAGAAGCAAGGAAAAACAAUACAGUUCACAACACUCUGGUGAUAUGUAAAUACCCAAGUUAACUGCUGGUUCCCUCUAAAAUCUCCAGCCUUGCUGCUGUUGGAGAAAACAUUUUGAACCAAACCAUGAUCAUCAGACUAAGCCAGCUAUUUUUCUUAAUAUCAGCCCAGGACAGCCAGACCUGACAAAUUAUGGAGGCUGUGACCCUCUCCCUUGCCUCUUACAUCCAUUUAGAAUGUGAGUUAAGUAAACGUCUCUCUCUGCUUCAACAUAUACCAAUAUUGCCUAUACAAAACAAACAAAUGAAAACAAAACCUUAAUCAUCCAACCAACCAA